AUGACACGACGUGUUGCUUCUGCCAUCGCUAGCCGAUUGACACGCCGACGCUUCUUUUCCAACUUUGCUUCUCGUCUCGCAAACCGGCGCUUUGCCUUUGCUGUCGCAACCGUCUCCAUCUUCAGCGCCAAGGGCGUCCACAUCUACACACAUCUGUCUUCAUUACCAGUCGUUCACCUGGUGCGGUGGGGCUAUUCGUUUUUUGCUCAAGAUGCUGCGCUUCUCGUGCUCGUGCGACUGCUGCUCGACCCGUGGCUGGUGGAGGGAUCUGCCUGGCUUCGACGGGUGACGAUGACUCUGGCGUCCAUCAUCAUCGCAUAUCUCAUCACGGUGGGCGUCUUGACGGUAUCCUUUUUUGCAGUCAGUGGCUCAGAGAUUCACUGGCGCAACAUUGGCUUGGCGGGCGAUGCGUCGUCCCUCGGCAUGUUUCUGUCUGGUCUGGCGUCCUUCUUGUUUGUGCUUGCCACCGUCCUCUUUGUCGCCUAUGUCCUGCAAGACAUCUGCUACAAGACCGCGGGUGUGGCCACCGACAUUCUCAAGUGGCCCAUAUCGUUUGCUCUGCGUAAAUCAGGUGCGCCGACCACUUACUCUCAGGUGCCACAGCUCGACAUUGAGCUUGCCAACACCUACGACGAGCUGGAGGAGGAAGAAUUCUGCAACAUGAAGAGCAAGUCAUCAAUGGUCAUUCUAAGGCGAUUAUUCUAUCUCUUCAUUGGCUGCGCGCUGCUUACCCAUGUCAUUCUAUUCAUGAUCCGGCCAAACGAGAGUGCCUUGAACUUCUUGUCCUGGACACCCGCCCUCUUGCCUUUCGUCGACUUCAGCUUCUCGUCUCCUAGCCUGGAUCACUUGGAGCCUAUUCAUGGCACCGGCAUUGGGCGCUCGUGGGACAACUACACCGCUCUGGCUGCCCCUGCCCCGUUCUCGUGGCUGCCUGAGAGGCCUGUUCCUGGAUUUGGGGACUGGUACAAGAACGACGAGCACUACAGUGCCGAUGCAGAUCCCCUCAAAAUCUCAAAUUUGGAAGAGAAGCUGCUGCCAGCCCUGCAAGGCAAGCUGGGGGACGUUCCAAUUCGCCACGUUAUGCUCAUCCUUCUCGAGAGCACCCGAAAAGACGUCUUCCCUCUGAAGAAGGAUGGUGUUGUCUGGAACCGCCUAGCAAACUCAUAUAGCAACGGCACGUUGCCAGAGGAGACCCAAGCUGCACUGGCAAAACUAACGUCCAAUGCCAACUACAUCACCGGUGAUUACGACGAUGGCUUUGAGCACCAAGAGAAGAAGAAGCGUGGCGGUAUCAGCUUUAACAAUGUCUUUACCACCGCCACCUACACCAUCAAGAGCAUUGUGGGCACAAUGUGCGGCCUCACGCCGCUCAUGGCAGACUUCAAUCUCGAGUAUCUUCACCACUUCUACCAGCCAUGCCUGCCCCAGAUUUUCGAGGCUUUUAACCGACUAGACCACGAUGACUCUGAUGACCGUGACGACCAUGGCCCCUAUGGCCCCCUUGGUCAUCACGGCCCCUCUGGUCACCACGGUCCUCCUGGUCACCAUGGCCCUCCUCAUCCCCACGACGGUCCUCCUCCCCACGACGGUCCAGGUCCUCAUGAAGCCCGGAAUUCUGACGAUUUCACACUGUUCAAGUGGCGUUCUACAUUCAUGCAAUCCGUAACCAAAAACUACGAUAGAUAUGUGCCUCUCUUGUCAAAAAUGGGCAUCUCCCCGGAAAGCCUGGUCUCCAAAGAAUAUCUCAAGAGUCCUUUUGCCAAAUUCGGCCGCGUAGAUCUACCAGACGUCAACUACUUUGGCAUGGCUGACAUCGCCGUUGAAGACUACAUCCGGGACGCGUUUGUGCAGGCCAAGAAGAAUGAUGAGCGAGCAUUUGUCACACACCUGACCAGUACAAGCCAUCACCCAUUUGCUAUUCCAGCCGAGGAGAAAUAUACACCCCUAGGAAACGGCUUGGACGAUAUCUCACAUUAUCUCAAUGCCAUCGGCUACGACGACAGAUGGCUAGGCAAGAUUAUGGAUAUUCUUGACGACGAAGGUGUUGCGGAUGAGACUCUUGUUGUCUUGGUCGGCGAUCAUGGCGUGUCCAUGCCGGAAAACAACAUCUUGGCGCCCUACUACAAUCCGAAUGUUGGCACCCUACGCGUACCUCUUGUUCUUUCUCACCCGAAGCUACCGGUAAUCGACGUUGAUGAUGCGGUGAUUUCAUCGCAAAUCUUGCCCACCAUCCUCGAUCUCCUCCGCGAAACAGGCUCGCUUUCCGAGUCCCAGUCGCAAGCUGCAUCCGAUUUGGUCCAAAACUACGAAGGACAGUCUCUGAUUCGCCCACUUCACGCGUCGUCUAAUGAAACCAGCCAGGGCAACUGGCAAUUCACCGUCAUCAACCCGGGUCGCGCCAUGCUGAGCAUCCGCGACGCUCGUCACUCCGACUGGCUCCUCAUCGUGCCCAUCAUCGACAAUGUCGAGUGGCAGUUUACGAAUCUAAUGACAGACCCAACCGGAGCACAAACGCUGCUCGGUUUCGAUUUUGUUAAUUUCAUGUACAGUGUUGAGAAAUCACAUGGCGUCGAUGCCGCGAAAUGGAUCGAAGAAGCUGCAUUUAUGGCCCGCUGGUGGGUCGAAGAGAAUGGAAAGCGAUGGCGUUAUGGGCCUUAUGCCACCUAAACAGGCAUAUGUUUUUUUCCUUUUCUUUCUAACGCCUUUUUUCUUUGAU